AUGCAGUCGUCCGCCUCGUUCUCGGCCUCUCGCCAGGGCCGACCAAGGCCCGCCAACCUCUUCCCAGGGAGCCGAUCGGCCUCGGACGAGCGCCCGUGGCCCUCGCCCUCGUUCAAUAGCUCCAUGUCGCUGGCCAAGGUCGACGACGUCUUUGCCGACGGAACCCGCAGCACCAGCAGCGGCAGCAACGCGGCCGCCAUGAAGCGCCAGCUGUCCGGCCUGCCUCCGACUCCCAUUACCGCCGGCAUGAUGGCCUCGCCCGGUCUUCACGGCCCCAAGCUGCCUGGCCUCACCGACCUCUUCGUCAACGACGAGGGCAUCCUCGGUCCGAUGACGCCCCUCUCGACCCCGCACGACCACAUGGCCGCCCACCACCCCCACCCCCACCCCCACCACCACCUCAACCAGCAGCAGCCCUCGGUGUUCCAGCAGCCGAGCUCGUCCAGCGCCAUCGCUUUCGGUGGCGUGCCCAUGAGCAGUCCCAGCCGCACCGCCCCGCUGCCGAUGACGGCUGCCGCCAGCCACUCGCUUCCGCGGGACGGCGACGUGAUUGGCCUCGGCCUGGACCUCGAGACGACGCCCAAGGCGUCUAGCAAGGGGCACGGCGGCUACGCGGCCUCUGCACAGAUGCAGCGGUCCGCCACGUGCCCGUCGCCGCCGCUGCAGUGCCCCAGCGCGCCCCGCAUCGGUGUGCUCAAGGAGGGCCUCUUUCCCCGCAACUCGAACCUCUCGCCGCCGUCGUGGCAGGCUGCGCGCGACUUUGACUCGCGUCCCUUUAAUGCCAGCGUGCACGGCGAGCGCCGACGGUCGGCAGAGCUGCGGUCCGUUUCGAUGGAGCGCGAGGCCGUCGUCGAGCUCAGCCCGCGCAGCAUGCCCGCGUCGGAGGGCGUCCAGGGGCUGGGCAUCUCGCUCGACGGCUCCUCGCCGGCAUCGAGCUCGACGGCCACGUUCCGUGCGCCCCAGCCGAUGGCGGUCGUGUCGGCGUCGGACGAGGCCAUGUCGCCGCCUCUGUCGCGUGUCGCCAGGCAGUCGCCCUCGUCUCGCGCUCACACGGGCCUGACGCCCCUCGUGCGGUCUGCGAAGCUCAACAGCUCCGACCGCGCCGACGACGGUGCGAGCAGCAGCAGCAGCAGCAGCAGCAGCAUUGGUCACCAGCUCGGCGAGUGCCGCACGGAUUUCGGCGGUGCCGAUACUCCGACAAAGGCGUCGUCGUCUUCAAAGGGCCGGGCCAGCCUCGAGGCGCGUGGCCAAGGCUUUGGGGCCGUCUUGCCCGUGGCGCAGCUCAAGGCGUCGCGGGGGGCGAGCACUUCCAAGACGACGCUCGAGACGCCGAUCAAGUCGAAGCCCAUCUUCCGGCUGGACAAUGGGUCGUCCGGGUCCAAGGCCAAGAAGAAGGUGCAGGGGCACAAGAUGCUGGGCCACGAGUCGCCGUGGGGCGUGUUUGGCGUCAAGGACGAGUGGCGUCCGCUGGCUGCGCCCAACAUUUCUCGCUCGGGCGGCGGCGUUGGUGGCGUCGCUGGCAGCGGGGGCAAGAAACUCGACGAGGUGGCCUGCUCCCCGCGGACGGCGCUGGGGGUGCGCAGCGCGGCGCUGGUGGGCAAAGAGAAUGUGGCGCCCGACGCUCUGCAGCAGCAGCAGCAGCAGCAGGCGCAGCAGCCGCCGACGCCGGGCAAGCGCAGCGCUGCGUCGCGGCACUCGGCCGACCUGUGCAGCGUCUCGUCGCCGCCCAAGAAGCAGCGGUCGGGCGAGCGGCCCAAGACGGGGUCGGGCACGCCGCUCAAGGAGAACAACGGCGGGCGCGGUGCGGGCGGCGCCGCCUCGCCGCAGAAGCGGACGCGGGCGGCGUCGAGCGUGGGCUACCCGAACCAGGCCCAGGCACGGCAGUUUGUGGGCCUGCGCUGA